AUGGAGACGGAGAUGGAGUUCUCCGAUGUUGAGCAAACCUAGUGAUAAGUAUAAAAGGAAUGGUCUUUAUGGGACCUCAUGCAUUGGGUUAGAGAAUGGGAUCGAGAGGAAAAGACAGGAACAGGAACAUGAACAGCUGCCUGGUUAAUAUAUCUUUAUCUCUAACGGCAGAACAAAACCUGAUUGCUACCGUUACCGUGUAUCAAAACCAGGGAUGAAGCUUUUCCUCUAUGACUUUGAGAAGAGACUUCUUUAUGGUUGGUAUCUAGAAGCUACUAUUGGCGGCAAGUUGGAUAUAGAAUCACAAGCUUUUGACAAGAAAUAUCCUGCUCAGGUUGGAUUUGGAAUUGUUAACAACUGUUAUCCCUUGCCAAAAAGCAUUUUCAAGUCUGCUAUCUAUGAGAAGUACAAAGGCUGCCACAAGUUUAAGCAAGAACUUGCUCCUCACCAAGUAAUACACUCACUCUUCCUUUCGAUUUACAACACAUGUCUCCAAAGUGCCAGGCUGAACAAAAGGAUCAUGGAUUUGCAGGUUUAUGUCUCUGUUAUCAUUAUUUCGUUCUUUUAUUUCUCCAGAACUCCAUGCAUUACCUCAUAGAUUCGGUUCCAGAGCCUCAACAGCACCCAGGGAGCUAUCUUUUGAGGAGCGGUUC